AUGUCACUCAGCAAUACCCCGAAUGAAUUAGUCGGACUGAUUGUCUCAUUCACGUUUAGUGACUGGUGGAUGUUUAUCGAUGCGGAACGGCAAACGGUUUCUUCGAUGCGACUGGUAAAUAAGAGUUUGAGCGAAAUCGUUACUCGAGAAGCAUAUGUAAGACUGCGGUGCGAAACAUGCUAUCCUGAGCUGGCGGCGAAGAUCAACCGAGAAGCGCUUGCAAUUCUCAUCGGGGAGAAAUUACGCGUUCCAGGCCCCCCGGGUGUCCUGCGCGACCUCGUAUCUAGCGUCAAAAGUACCUUAUCAGCGAUUAUAUCCAGCGAAGCCGAACAUGAUGCAGUGCCUUUUGGAAUUGAUGAUAUCAGCCCCUAUGCUUCAGCCUUUAUCGAGGCCGCAAUCGCGUUUCUUGGCAAGCAAGAUGUACUGGAUCAUUUCUUUGCCGCAGUUAUGCCGGAGUCGGUAAUCUUUUUUGGUUCCAUGCUUGGAUCCCAUGAUCUCCUAUUACUUGCGGCGGUGUGGCAAAGGGACACCUCUCUGGUCUCGUACCUAUUGGAGAGCCGCGAGCUCAACCGCCGAAGCAAGGUUCUAUCUGUGUCUCUCUACCUUGCGGCCUAUAGAGGGUAUUUAGAUAUCCUUAGAUUGCUUAAUGCCCAGUGGCUCGUGGACCUUAACUGUACAUUUGGCGCCUUGGGCUACCCUCUCAAAGCAGGUGUAUGGAGCGGAGACCUUGGAGUCGUUUCUCAAUUGAUUGACUGGGGCGCAGACGUCAAUUUGAAUGGUGGGAUAUAUGGGAGGCCAUUGCAUGUCGCCGCUUUUCGUGGCCACCUUGAUGUCGUAAGGCUCUUAAUAGACGCAGGUGCAGAGGCUUCGGCUGUUGAUCGAGACGGAUAUGCCCCGCUGUGCAUCGCCGCCUACGCCUCGACAGAGGAAGCAAAAAGGAAAUCCAUUCCUAUCAUAAAAACGCUACUUGAGCACAUGACUGCCGACACGGACGAUACCCACAGCAAAAUAGUUGCUCUGCGAGCCGCGGCGUUUUACGGGAACGAAGAAGCGGUUGAACUACUGCUUCAGCAAGGCGUGGAUCCUGCCGGUCGUCUACCAUGGCCCUGUAAAAAACUGACUUUUUAUAUCGCGAGAGGAACAGGGAAUGUAAAUAUUGCAAGGCUUCUCCUACAGUAUGGAGCAGCUUUGACAUGCGAUGAUUGGAAUUAUAUCAUCACAACAGCAGCUGAUAGCGGCCACCGAGAUCUGGUGGAGUUUUGCUUGAACAGGAUGACCCAGGAACAAAUCAACGGAGACGACGCGAUAUUUGGCCUCACGACGGCUGCACAAAAAGGCCACGCAGAUGUCGUGGACCUGAUGAUAGCCCGUGGGGUUCCAAUUCGGUCUCAGGGUACCCUAUUUUUCGAGCCGUUGGGCCUUCUUUUCUACGAGCCAUGGAGAGCUAAUAAUUGGACGAAAUACGAUGCUAAAAUCGUGCAGAAGUUUGUCGAUCAUGGUAUAGAUUUAGAUGUGGCGCUACAUGCUGCGGUUACAUCUGGGAGUACAUCGCUGGUCAUAGAUCUCAUUGAAGCCGGGGCAGAUAUCAACAAAACUGUAGACCGCCAUCAGCCGAUUUUGACUGCUGUCAAGACAGGGCAGAGACACAUUGCGCAGUUGCUUCUCAAUAUCGGCGCCACUCUAGACGAAGAACUUGUCGACAUUUCCGAGCUUCUCGAAGAGGCAACGAUGCGUGGCUACGUAAAUGUCGUCAAAGCUGUGUUCCUCCAGGAGCAUACAGGAAUCGCCCUCGGCAUUGAAACAAAAAUACGUGAGAACGGGCCAACUUACACGGCCAGUAUAGUUCUAUCAAUCUGCGAAGCCGCACGCACGGCCGGGAGACAGGAGGAGGCGAGAACUCUUUUGCGACGAGCCGGCCCCAAUAUGCCCGAAAUCGCACGUCUAAUACACCAGCAGUGGGAUGCCGGGAACAUUAUCUUCACGCUGACUGACGAUGAGCAGAUCGUCAUGGCCAGGGAAUUGGGAAACGAAGAGGUGUCCGAUUUCCUGCUCCGAUGCUAUGGGGACAGCAACAUCGGGGAAGAGAACCUCCUGGCGGCACUGGAACAUUCAAAUCUUCCGUCAGCCAGAAGAUUCUACAAGUCUAUGAAAAAGAGAUGGAGCCUGAAACUCUUGUCUCCUAUAAUAAACGGGAUACUUAACGAGCUAACCACAGACUGCCUCUAUCCCCCCAUUUAUCAAUGCCUAUGCUUUGGGGGGAGGCCCGAUGUCUGCUCUGGCUUCUGGAUCUGGACGAAACAAAACGAUUAUGCCAACCCCCAAAUACCCACCUGUGAAGGAAGCGACCUGCCUCAGCUGAAGCCUCUUAGUGAGACGAUCUUCCGGCUUUUUGCUGCCACGGAGAUUUUCCCGACCCUGUACUCUUCGCCGCUGGAUGCAUUAGCAUUUCUAGAAAGCGCAAUUAGCGCGGAUUCCGUAGACACGGUCAGGCUGCUCCUGGAUUCAUUUCUGGCUGCUGGUUUUCCUUCUGUCGAUUCGCCGUUUAAUACUGGAUAUAACCUGCUGGCGCGGGCGGUGAAAUACGGGUCCUAUACGAUUGCGCGCAUGCUUCUCGACCGAGGAGCUCAUCUAAAACCAUGUUUGGAGCACCACAAACGGCUCACUGCUCUCCGGAAUUUACGACCAAAGGCCGGGACCACCUUGCGUCAUCGCAAGAGCAGAUUAGUGCCCGAAUUAAUUGAAAGGGAAGCUUUGGUGGACGGAGGUAGAGAGGCUCAAGAAUUUUUGAUGAACUGA